AUUUCAGGUUUUAAUAUAGUACUAGCUGUUUUAUGGAUAGUAACAAAUGCUGCCGAUAGUUCUAACUGGUUAUGUGAAAAUGGUCAUUGUGUAAGAGAAACUAGUCAAUCCGAACGUGAGGGAUAUGUUUCACUAGAAUUAUGUCGAUUAGUGUGUUCCAAGUACUUGAAUAUUUGGCCGCAACCCACUGGAACUGUGCACUCUACACAGGAAACUAGUUUUAUUAAUAGCAAGAACAUAGUAUUUUAUUUCAAUGGACCAGUAAAUACGAUGGACCAUCUAAAUAAAUUCACACACUAUUUCGAAGAUAAGUUAAAAAAAGAAGAACCGUUUUCCUGUGAAGACGAUGCAUACGAUCUUAAAGUAUACUUAACCCCUAUAAACGAUAAUUUAAAUUUAGACUUACACACUGAUGAAUCGUACACCAUUAAAAUGGAUAACAAAGGUACCGACCUCUACGCCAAUAUUACCGCUCCGACGGUGUUUGGAAUAAGGCAUGGUAUAGAAACAUUACUGCAAUUGCUGAUACCUAUAAACGAGGACGGCACGAAAUGUUUAGUUACUCUAAACAACCUCGAACUAACUGACAAACCCAAAUUUCAUCACAGAGGCCUCUUAAUCGAUACCGCAAGAAAUUAUUUAAGCAUUAAUAGUAUUAAAAAACAGCUGGAAGGCAUGGCUGCUUCUAAACUCAAUGUAUUACACUGGCAUGUAACUGAUACGCAGAGCUUUCCAUUGGUUUCGCCUAGGUUGCCCAAUAUGACGAGGUUUGGAGCAUAUAGCACCAAGAAAGUUUACACGCCAGAAAAUGUUAAAGAUAUUAUCGAUUUCGCAGAAACUAGAGGAGUAAGAGUUCUUGUCGAAAUCGACGGUCCAUCUCAUGCAGGAAUGGGGUGGCAAUGGGGUUUCAGUGCCGGUUUGGGAUAUCUAGCAAUAUGCGUGAAUAAGCAGCCAUGGAGAUCUUUUUGUAUUCAACCUCCAUGUGGACAGUUAAAUCCUUCUAAUCCAAAACUCUAUGAUGUUUUGACUGAAUUGUAUAAAGAUAUUGUAGAUGUCACCCCAGAUAGAAAUAUGUUCCAUAUGGGAGGUGACGAGGUUUACAUUCCAUGCUGGAAUACCACCCCAGAAAUUCUAAAUUAUUUAAAAGGUAAACCACUAACGGAAGAAACUUACCUAGACCUUUGGUCUGAGUUCCAACAAAAAAAUUUAGCGGCAUUUGAUAAAGCAAUUGGACAUAAUAAAACUUUCAUAGUUGUUUGGACAAGUAGCUUAACUGAUUCGAAAGUUAUCCAAAAGUAUUUGCCAAAGGAGAGGUACAUUAUUCAAACUUGGAUACCAGAAAGUCAAAACAAUCUGAUAACGGAACUUGCAAAUCUUGGAUAUCAAAUUAUUAUAUCAACUAAGGACAAGUGGUACCUUGACCACGGUUUUUGGGGUACGACGGAGUAUCAUAAAUGGAAAUCCGUUUACGACAAUCGAAUGUAUGAUAAAUAUGUCAAAGGUAUUUUAGGUGGUGAGGUCUGCAUGUGGGGAGAGUUGGUAGACGACAACAAUAUAGACAGCAAAAUAUGGCCUCGAGCUGCUGCCGCAGCUGAGAGAUUAUGGACUUACCCUAGCACCGAUGCCACUUCUGCCCAAUAUAGAUUUUUCUCCCAGAGGGAGCGUUUAAUCAAAAGAGGAAUAUCCUCUGAAGCUGUUAUGCCAAAAUGGUGUGUUGAGAAUGAAGGAGAAUGUAGUACAUAUUUAUAA